AUGAGUACACGAAGAAAUGGUAUCUCCAGACAUCAGCGGGUUGAUAAUAUCCGUGGUGAAGGGCCAAACUGGAUCCUAAUUGCAGGAGGGGCCUUGUUGAGCACUUUGUCCAUCCGCUUUGGAUACAAAUUAAAGCAGUCAAAUGACUCAAAACCUGGUGGAUCAAAACCCAAUGGAACAUCUGACAGAGGAAGAUCUCGAGGAUGCUGCUUGCAUUCUAACGCAUCUCCCUGUGAAAGGAACAAUGAUUGUUGCUUCCACUGCACUCCCGGAACUGAGAAUGUGGAGGGAAACCAUACUACAAACGAGCAAAUGGUGGAUUCCAGUAACUCGCUGCCUCUUGUGACGGUUACGGCUCCAUCAUUUAGCAAAGAGAAUGGAGUCAUGUGGGGAUCUUCUCUUGAUCACCUGGAAGUGCCAAUGAAACCAUACCAUCACCAAUCAACCUGCUCAGAUUCUCCUUGUGUAUCUGAAUCAGGCUCAGACAUCUUCAGCAAGCGAGAAGUGAUACAGAAACUGAGGCAGCAGCUGAAGAGACGCGACGAGAUGAUAGUUGAAAUGCAGGAACAGAUUCUCGAGUCGCAAAGCUCGCUUAACGCGCAGGUGGCACACUCUAGCCAUCUCCAAACGCAGCUAGACGCAACAAACAGGGAUCUUUUUGAAUCAGAGAGAGAAGUUCAGAGGCUUAGAAAGGCAAUCGCUGAUCACUGCGUUGGACACGCAGGUAGCAACGGUUGGAAUGGGGAUGCGAACGGGUUUAUGGACAGCGAAAGCAACUAUGAGUCAUCGGAGAAGGGAUUAAAGGAUGGAGAAAGAAUAGAGAUGUUGAGAAAGGAAGUUGGUGAGCUUAAAGAAGUGAUAGAUGGGAAAGAGUAUUUACUUAGGAGCUAUAAGGAACAGAAAGUUGAGCUUUCACAGAAGGUCAUAGAGCUGCAGCAGAGACUGGAUUUACAGCUCCCAAACAUUUUGUAG